AUGACUGAAUACAAACUGGUGGUGGUUGGAGGUAAUCAGAUUCUGGUGCUCUCCAUCGAUGGAACGUUUGAUCUUUCAAUGUCUGUUUGAACCGAUUGCGCUGAACAUUUGAUCCUUCCAACCUAAUUCUGCGCUUUUGUUCCUCUUGCAGCCGGCGGUGUUGGGAAAAGUGCGUUGACUAUACAACUCAUUCAAAAUCAGUAAGUGUCUGUCUAUUGAAGAACCAGUUCGUGCACAGUUUAACUUGUUGUUCUGUUUGGAAGUUGUGUUGUGGCGAAUUAUGCAAGGGUUGAGUGUAGUUACAUUCAAGCGGGACUCAUUUACGCCCCGGGAUGAAUUUUAAUUCAGAAUAUUUCACCGAGUCGUUCGAUUUUGGAAGUACUGUAAACUUCGAUUUAAAUUUGCAUGUCGUAUUGAGUUCUUUCCCUCAAAAUCGUUGUAGCGUGAGUCGGUACAUGUUACUUCUAACAAACAACAAGCUUUUGAAGGCAACUUACCUGUAAAUUCAACUUUAUCAGACGCUCCCCGAUAAAUUCGAUCGAACAACAGCAUUUUGCAAAAUCGUACUAUUUACUACAAGUCCACAAGCCUUCAUUUGAUUUCAUAUCAAACGAUUGAUGUUUUGCAAACAUGUGUUUAAACCUCCCCUUCAUCGUAUGAAUUAUUGUAUUCGCCCUUGUUAGCUGAAACAGGAACUCUUCGCUAAGACUGUGUGCGGAGUAGGGUAAUUUUGAAUUCUCUCACUUAGUCUAGAAAGCUUCUUUCUUUCUUUCUCUCGUAAGUAAAUUUGGUUAAAGAGUAAUCCAUAUGGUUAUUUCAUGAGCAUAUUUGGGCCUUUCGGUUUUAUUCCAUUAUAGUAGGGGAGUUGUUGAUGUACAUGUGAAAAGUUUACUGUAUACCAUGGGAGGGGAGAGUAAAAAGGGUGUGGACACAAAUUUCAAGGUGGGGUAUAGAGUUAUGAGUUCGGGGUAGACUAAGACAGAGGUGAAUUUUUUUAAUCAUACUUAUUAACAAAAAUAAAUAGGACAAGUAGAGCAAGAAUAUGCAUAUGUUUUACAUUAUAUGCUCAUUGUUUAAUUUCUACAAACAGAACUUUGACUAAUGAAGGACAUUAGCUGGCAUUUAUGCCCCUCUUUAUAAAUAUUUCUGGCAGUAAAAAGGUCACCUAGUAGCAGUGAAUGUCAUUUUAAUAUUUUCUAAUUUAUAUUUUUUUCAUGCUCUGAUUUUUAGAGGGCAAUGCAGAAAUAGCACUCUAUUAUAAUUUUCUGUUCAUAAGUCCCCCUCUAUUAUGGGCCCAUCUGCUUGUAAACAAAAAAAAUACAACCAUUAUAACCCCCCCUCACCUUGUGGCUUUUGUUAUUCUUUUUUUAACAGCAAAGCAGAAAGUGUCACUGAUAUGAAUUAGACGUUAGAAUUUUAAUUUUGAGAGGGCAAAAAUGAUUCUCAAGGGAAAUGUCUGACCUUCCAUUGUUGUUUUCCAGUUUUGUUCCUGUUGUCUGUUUUAAUUCUGUUCCAAUCUAUUGAAAUGUAGUUAUUGUAAAUCACAUUUUGAGGCUUACUUAAACAACCAGUAAAUGCAAAGUGUACACAAUGUAUUUUGUUCGGUAUCAUUAUAGCUCAUUUCGAAAUGCUUUUUCUAUUUCGGUUCAGGGCGUGAAAUUGUGCUUAAUACAGGUGCCAAUGUGACUAAAUUUUUCACUUUGGCGAGCAAAUCCUGAAAAUUAGUCGCCAAAUUGGCGACUAGAAUGUUUCAUCAUAACCUUACCUAGAGAUAUAGUGAAUUAAAAAGAUUUGCAAAGACAAAUCCGUGGCAAACUUCCUUGUUAAGUUUGUUUCCAAAACGCAGCAGAUGCAUCUUAAUCGAUAACUAGAUGCCAUCUUGGAUUUAGGUGUGCUUAAACAUUGCAUAUUAUCCAUCCUAGUGUCCCCUUAGUAGCACGUGAAAGAUCUUUUCCCUUACAUAAUUUCUAGAACGAUGACAGCAUAAAAAAAAAAAAGGUUUUGUUAGUCUUUCAAAAUGGCGACCAACUUUUUUUGAAUUGGCUACCACUUUGAUGAAUUUAGGAGCCAAGUGGCUAUUAGAAAAAAAAAUUAAUUUCAUGCCCUGCGGUUAUCAGUCCUCUUCAAGUUAGAUGUAAGCUGCUUCAUUCUAUAGUUAAGUGAAUUUACACAUUUUUUUUUUUACUUUUAGCUUUGUAGAUGAAUACGACCCAACAAUUGGUGAGUAAAGACUGUGUUGAAAAUUUUGAUAUACAUCUGCUUGCCCAAGGUGUUUGUGUGUUUUCUCAACAUUGCUCCAUGUGUAUACAGUAGAGCCUUAUUGGCUCAAAGUCGGUUAAAUUCUUUCCUCAAUUUAAUGGGAACUCCCUUAAAACUUGUUUAUGUUAAAGCUGUAAAUUUAAAUUUGUGCAUUUCUUGUACAGGUAUAAACUACAGCUUUAUACUAAAUAAAUAUUUCCUUUGCUGCAGAGGAUUCUUACAGAAAACAAGUUGUCAUAGAUGGGGAAACAUGUUUAUUGGUGAGUUUGAAUGUGCUUGUAUUGUUCAGUGCAUCAAGACUGAGAUCAAUUGUAAGACCUUUUUGAUAACUCAAAGUGAAAUUUUACAUGUAAAUGUCUUCUAUUUAGAUUAAUGGAUAACCUAUUUAACUCCCUUUUCAAAUUUAAGUACAUCAUGAAUUCAAACAUAAAAGAUUGUUUUCUUAUGUGUCUUAUAUUAUGUACUGAUAUGUGUUUCUUAUCUGCCAUUAUUUUGGCUACAUUUUCAACUCCGAAGAUCUCUUUGUCAAUUCUCCCCUUUUGGUGCUUCACAUUUCCUUCAACUUAGUUACAAGAAUUUGGUUGUAGAUCAAGAUAAAAACCUCUACCUGAUAAGUUUGAGUAUUCUCAUUGCCUGGUUGCUGGAUAAUAUAUGGGUAUUUUAGGGAGUAGUUACAUCUUGAUCAAUUCUGGUGGGUAAAGAGUUAAGUGACAGCUCAGAAACGUUCUAUUUUGUGCUAGAGACAUAAAAUUUUUCAAACUUUUUUUUCAUUUAUUUCCUGUUAUUCCUUUAUAGGAUAUUCUAGACACAGCAGGACAAGAAGAAUACAGGUUAUUAUCAAGAUGACAGCUUUAGCAUGAAAUAUAAUACUAUUCUUAGAUGCGGGGACAAACUUAUUUCUCUAAGUCAGAAUUACUCAAAUGCAAUAGCCACCUCAAUCUGAUCAGCUUGAGCAGGAGCCAGACCAUUCCUGUAAUAACAUACAGUCCUUCAAAAUUUGAUCUUCAAUUCUCAAUCUUUGGAUCUUGUGACUUUCAGGGAUUGAGGCAUACAGAUGUACAUGUAUCUGAAUUUUUUUUACCUUAAAAGGUUUUUUGAUAUUCAAGGGUUUCCAAAAAAUGUUUCAAAUCUUUUCCUUGAAACAGCAAAUCAGGAUCCUCAAAGAAUUCUUAGAGUGUCUUGAGACUCAAAACUCAAGCCCCAAAACUGCAGCUUUCGAACUGUGUUCAAGUUUUUCAGGAGACAGAGAAUCAAGUUUUGAAUCUAGAUUGUCAACUUUUGAGUACAUGGGUGGUAUUUGUGCAAGUAAUUCAGAAAUUCUAGCUCUUUUGGGUAAGGCCUACAAAUUCUACACCUAUUAUUCUGCUUGGUCACUGGUUCAUGGUAUCAUAAAACUGAGAAUUUUAUGUUGGAAGUGUGGCUUCUUUUCUGCCAUGGCCAAAACUGCAGCUCAUCAGGGAGGAUCAUACACUUUACACCUUAACAUCAUUAUGCAUAUUCUCCAUACUGUUCUCCAUACAUUUCCAAGGUUCUAACAAGGAGAAAUUGUAAAAACAUCAAGAGCUUUGUUAGUUGCUAAUCAUUUCCUUUAUUAUGGUGACUUUAACAUUUGAUUCAAGGGAUAGAUUGUAAAGAGAAAUUAGAACCUUGUCACUCUUAGGGAUGAAAGGGUUAACUUGACAUAUUAUAUUUUUUUCAUUUUUAGUGCAAUGAGAGAUCAAUAUAUGAGAACUGGAGAAGGAUUUCUUUGCGUCUUUGCAGUCAAUAACAAGAGAUCAUUUGAAGAAAUCCAUGCAUUUAGACAACAGGUACUGUAUACUAUUGUAAAACAUGCGCUGUAAAAAAAAAAAUUGGUUAGUCAUGACACACUCAGUUUGUUCACUGGUGAUACACUCAAGUUAUGUACGAGUUCAAUUUAUUUUUAAGGCUUUUCACAAAUGCACUUAUUGUAAAACAUCAAUGUGAGGAUGAUUUCCUUUGACUCAUUCCCAAUGUUUAUUGAUGUACAUUGAAUUUGUUGAGAGCAUCAUUCAAUUUUCCUUUCCAAAUCAUUUUUUAAUUUCAAAUUUGUUCUCUCCCUACACAGAUUAAAAGAGUGAAAGAUGCAGAUGAAGUCCCCAUGGUUUGUAAGUAGUCAAAAGAAUUCUCGGUUUUAAAUAAAAAAAUAACUCCAAGUCAGCCCUGCAUUGUGUGUAUGAUUUGUCUGAGGUCAUUUCAAUCAGAAACAUUGCAAAAAAACAAACAAGCUCACAAUGCUUGAAUAAUGAAGAGAUCUCAUAUGAGGUGUGGUUUAUCAUGCACUGUAAAAUUCCUUCGUUGCUUAACCUUUUAAACCCAAGCGACUGUCAUCUAAUUUCUCUCACAAUAAUACUGCCAAAUCAUUCAAGCUAAGAAAUGGUGACCAUUCAACAAAUUAUCCUCAUCUUUGCUCAAAUAAAUGUGUGGAGAAGGGGAAAAAUAGGGAUACUGAUAUUAGGAUAUGAAAGGUUAAUCUAAGCAAGUACAUGGUGUACAAUCUUCAUUCAUCCACUCUGUAUAUGAACAGAGACACAUGAAAGAGCUGCUCAGCUACUGUGGUACGAGGUGUUCCCUUUCAUGGUCGCAUCAAUAGAAUUGGAUCACAACAGCUUGUCAUAGGGGUAAAAAAUUGACACAGGAAUGGAUACAUGCACAUGUAUGUAUGUACCUGUGCUUGCCUUUUCCCUGUACAUUGUGGUCUUUGAAGGCAAAAGGGUCAAUCCAUGUAAUUUCCUCUCGUAAGUAGAGAUAUUAGCCAUUUCACAUUUUACUCAUUUUUAAUUCAUGUUAUGUUAUUCUUUGUAGUGGUUGGAAACAAGUGUGAUCUUCAAAGGACUGUAAUGCCAGCAGAAGCAUACGACUUAGCAACAAGUUAUGGAAUUCCAUUUAUAGAGACAUCAGCUAAGACAAGACAAGGAGUUGAGGAUGCCUUUUACACUUUAGUCAGAGAAAUCAGACGGGAUGUAAGUGACUUUAAUUUCAGAAAUUAUUUUCUUUGUUUUAGGCUGUUUAUACAUGUAAAUAUAACCUAAACUUUCUGUUUUUUAUUAUUAUCUUACAGAAAGGAAAGAAACCAGUGAACGCUCCUAAAAAGAAGAAAAAAUGUAUAAUCUUGUAAUGUUUUUUCAUUUCUUAUUUGUUCAGUUAACAGCUCAGUAAAUUUAGUCCCUUCAAAGUAUUGUAAGUUUUCUCAUAGAAGAUUAUACAUAUCCAACCAUCAUGAAUCAGUCAGUGGAAGAAGGCUGAGCUGAUUUGUGUGUGUAGGCCUCACUACUCCUUCCAACCCAUUGUAAGCAUUGACUCCUUGGUGAAAGUAAAAGGUACCUUAAGUUUGGAGAAUAGUUUAAAACAAAUUCAAAUUGCAUAGCCAAGAAGUUUGACAAGAUUGAAGGAGAGACUUCAAACUUUGUAGUGAUUUCACAGAGGUUAUUUUUUCUUUUUUGGAGCUGUAAGAUUUAUAAUGGCUGAAUUUGACUCAGUUCCUGUUGUAAAACUUACAGUAGUGUGACUUGUAGAAAAUUUUAAAAAUUUAUUUAUUGAUAUUUUAAAGACAAUUAACCAAUAAUAAAACAGAACUGCUGCAUUUUUUGUGAGAUUUGAAGGAGAUAAAGCAAUGUGUAUUACAAUUUUUUUUUGUUUGUUUUUACUGUUGAAGAAUGUGACUAUAAAUUCAAAGCAAAAUAGAUCUGUCACCAGAAUUGACUGUAAACUUGCAAACAAAUAAUUCCGUUUGCAUGUACAUGCCAAUGGUAUUUUUCAGGGGAAAUGUUCUGAUGUUGUGGGAGAGGUCAGCCAGAGGUUUCUGCAGGUCAGAAACAUUUUGCAUUUGAGGAUAAUAGUAAAUGAAUGACUGAUAACCAUACGCAUGUACUUGCAGGGUAUACAUAAAAAUAAGGUGACAGUGAUUUUCCCUUGGAUUCAUUGAUAAACUCUUUGUACACCAAGGUGUUGCUCAGCUUCCAUAAACAGCUUGUUAGUCAUUUUUAGCAGUAAAUUGAAGGCUUCAAAGAGAGGGUCACUUAGUAGAACAUUUAUUGCAAUUACUAUGCAAUGUGAAGACUAAUGGAGUUAGGUUGUAUUCUGUAACGUGUUGGUUGACCACAGCAGUCAAAUAUCAGGCAUGAGCCAGUGGACAGCUAGAAAACAUAAGAAAUGACUGCUUUCAUGCAAAACGUAGGGGAAAAAGUGUUCUUAGAAAUCUGUAAAGAGAUGUUGAGACUCUCAAAAAGGGAGCUAACUUCACAUCAGCUGUGUUGUUGAAUUUGCCUGGAAGCACUUCUGUUACUCAUUAAAAUAUUGUCACGUGUGGAGAUGUUUGACUGCUGGGUUCCAUUUUAAGUGAAUUGACUGAUCAUGUGACUCUUCCCCUGUCUGUACAGUAGACUCCUUAUUUUACAAUCAAACCUUUUUAUAGGGCACCCAAGAAUUUCAUUUUGAUAAGCCAGUUGGAGGUUCUCAUAGGCUAAGUAACUCAAGUGGCAAAGUUGUUAGAGAUGCUGGCUCAUCUAAAACAGGCCUGGGCUGUUGCACUUGUGAGAGCUUGUUCUG